AUGAUUUCUCGUAUAUCGUUUCUGUCUUCUGUUGUACAGCAAGCUCUUGUUGGCAGCUUUACCAUGUCGGGCCGCGGGAAGCAGGGCGGGAAGGUCAGAGCUAAGGCCAAGUCGCGUUCAUCACGAGCCGGGCUGCAGUUCCCCGUGGGCCGCGUGCACCGGCUGCUGCGGAAAGGUAACUACGCGGAGCGGGUGGGCGCCGGAGCGCCCGUGUAUAUGGCGGCCGUGCUGGAGUACCUGACGGCCGAGAUCCUGGAGCUGGCGGGCAACGCGGCCCGCGACAACAAGAAGACGCGCAUCAUCCCCCGCCACCUGCAGCUGGCCAUCCGCAACGACGAGGAGCUCAACAAGCUGCUGGGCAAGGUGACCAUCGCGCAGGGUGGGGUGCUGCCCAACAUCCAGGCCGUGCUGCUGCCUAAGAAGACCGAGAGUCACAAGGCUAAAAGCAAAUAAUCUCAGCUCGUAAAGCCGGUUAGGUCUUUCAAAAACAUAAUAUAAUCCAAAGGCUCUUUUCAGAGCCACCCACUUUCUCAGAAAAGAGUUGAGUUGCUUUUUUAAGGCAUUACCUUCACGUGAAGUGUUUUGUCUGUGCCUUUGUUUUUAACGCUUUGAGUAAAAUUUCUGAUUUCUAUAUGUGUCUUCGAUUAUUUUCUUUAUUACUCAUCCUUUCUGCUGGGCAAAACCCAAUUACAUUGACUUGGUGUUUGUCUUGUAAAGAAAUGGUAGAAUAUUUGUUUCUUAAUGUUUCAUCUGCUCAACUUUAGUGGUUUCUGUUACACUAUGUAGCAUGGCUUUAUGGUGUGAGAUAAUAGGUGUUAGCUAUGAGAUAAGUAAUUACGAAGUAAGGAAAUAAAUUGAUGAAUGCCAAAAA